AGAAAUUAAGCACAUACAAAAUAUAUAAAAGUUCUCGAAUCUCACAAUAGAUGAGAAGAGGGAAACCAGUAAUUCACCAAGAAAUAUGGCUUCCAAAUACAAAGCAAUGCCUUCUCUAAUGCCUAUGAGAUUGUUGCUGGUGCCAAAAUAUAACCAAACAGUAAAGGACAUGGAAGUCUAAACACAAUAAAAAUCACACAAAUGGCUGAUUAAUGUGACACCCAUUAUUACACAAAUAUAACGGCUUGGUUUCCUUCUAGAAGAGAAUAACCUGCAGAUAUGCUAAGAACCGUCCAGUUCAAAACAAAAGGUUGAAGGAAAUAUGGACCCAUCCUUGAACUGGUCAAACAUGCAGUACUAGUGUAAAACCAAAUCAAGCUUGGCAAGACAGUCGGACACAGUACUAAACUCGAACUAAAGUACUAGACAAAAACCUGCACAGCAUCCAUGUUGCCGCCUAAGGAGAAGUAGAGUCACUAAAUAAAAUUCUCCAUGAGACACGACGAUAAUAAGGCUACAAUAGCAUAAACUUCACUGGGAGCUGAACCAUAAAGCUCCAACAGAUACAUUUCGACACUUUUAUGAAAAUGCCGGCCAAUUCUCUGCUUCCUUACCCUAUAUAUGAUACUUUCCCAACAGAUAACAGAAGCAUAGGCAUCAGCUACUAUCCCUUCUACCUCAUUCACAAGGGUUUUGCUCACCAUGGCUUUGAUCCCUUUUCUUACUCUCAUUUUCCUGUUUAGCUUCUGUUGUGUAAAUGCUCAGCAAAAUGACCUCUUUCCAACCACUACUAAAUGGAGCAAUUUGCAAACAUACAUUGUCCAUGUAAGGAAACCAGAGGGCAGGGUUUUUGCUCAAACAGAAGACCUGAAGAGCUGGCAUGAAUCUUUCCUGCCGGCCAUUACCACAGCAAGCUCAGAUGAACAGCCACGCAUGCUUUACUCGUACCAAGAAGUGAUCAGUGGUUUUGCAGCCAGACUCACUCAGGAGCAAGUGAGAGCAAUGAAGGAGAUGGAUGGCUUUGUGGCAGCACAUCCCGAGAGAGUAUUUCGUCGGAAAACUACACACACACCCAACUUCUUGGGGCUGCAUCAACAAAAAGGUAUAUGGAAAGAAUCCAAUUUUGGGAAGGGAGUGAUCAUUGGAGUACUGGAUGGUGGAAUUGAGCCCAACCAUCCUUCAUUUAGUGGUGCAGGAAUUCCACCUCCACCUGCAAAAUGGAAAGGGAGGUGUGACUUUAACGCGUCAGACUGCAAUAACAAGUUAAUUGGUGCAAGGGCUUUCAAUCUUGCAGCUCAGGCAUUGAAAGGAGAUCAACCUGAGGCACCAAACGAUAUAGACGGACAUGGGACCCACACAGCAAGCACAGCUGCUGGUGCAUUUGUGCAGAAUGCUGAUGUGCUGGGAAAUGCAAAAGGUACAGCAGUCGGGAUAGCACCUUAUGCUCACCUGGCAAUAUACAAAGUGUGCUUCGGAGAACCCUGUCCCGAGGCCGAUAUACUAGCUGCGCUUGAAGCGGCUGUUCAGGAUGGUGUUGAUGUGAUCUCAAUCUCUCUUGGCGAAGAUUCAGUUCCAUUUUUCAAUGACAGUACUGCAAUAGGCUCAUUUGCAGCAAUCCAAAAGGGAAUAUUUGUAAGUUGUUCAGCUGGAAAUUCUGGCCCAUUUAAUGGCACUCUUUCUAAUGAAGCCCCCUGGAUUCUAACAGUUGGAGCAAGCACCAUAGAUAGACGUAUUGUAGCCACGGCAAAGCUUGGAAAUGGAGAAGAAUUUGAUGGCGAAUCUCUCUUUCAGCCAAAAGAUUUCCCUUCAACCUUGUUGCCGCUUGUUUAUGCUGGAGUAAACGGUAAAGCAAAUUCUGCAUUGUGCGCUGAAGGAUCCUUGAAAGGUCUCAGUGUUAAAGGUAAGGUAGUUUUGUGUGAGCGAGGCGGGGGAAUAGGAAGAAUUGCCAAGGGAGAGGAAGUGAAAAAUGCUGGAGGUGCUGCCAUGAUUCUUGUGAAUGAAGAAACCGAUGGCUUCAGUACAUCAGCUGAUGUUCAUGUUCUUCCUGCAACACAUGUGAGCCAUGCAGCUGGACUGAAGAUCAAAGCGUAUAUAAAUUCAACAGCAACACCAACAGCGACAAUAUUAUUCAAAGGAACUGUCAUUGGAGACUCAUCCACUCCUGCCGUUGCUUCCUUCUCUUCAAGAGGCCCCAGCCUGGCAAGUCCAGGUAUUCUGAAACCAGACAUUAUUGGACCAGGCGUAAGCAUUCUUGCUGCAUGGCCAUUCCCUGUUGACAACACCACAAAUUCAAAAGUCAAUUUCAACAUAAUUUCUGGAACUUCAAUGUCAUGCCCGCAUCUCAGUGGCAUUGCAGCUUUGCUCAAGAGCUCUCACCCUUACUGGUCACCAGCUGCCAUCAAAUCUGCUAUAAUGACUUCUGCUGAUCUUCUAAAUUUGGAAGGAAAACCAAUUCCCGAUGAAACACUUCAGCCUGCAGAUGUCUUAGCCACCGGUGUAGGCCAUGUCAAUCCAUCAAAGGCAAAUGACCCAGGAUUAGUAUAUGAUAUUCAACCUGAUGAUUAUAUCCCUUAUCUUUGUGGCUUGGGCUACAAAGACGAUGAAGUAAGUAUCCUUGUGCACAGACCAAUAAAGUGCUCAAAGGUAUCAAGCAUACCUGAAGGAGAGCUGAACUACCCUUCAUUUUCUGUCGCACUGGGACCAUCUCAGACAUUCACACGAACUGUGACAAAUGUUGGUGAGGCAUACUCAUCUUAUGCAGUCAAGGUUAACGCACCAGAAGAAGUCUAUGUGAGUAUCAAUCCCAAAACACUUUACUUCUCAAAGGUGAACCAGAAGCUGUCGUAUUCAGUGACAUUCAGUCGUAUUGGUUCAAGAGGCAAAGCUGGUGAAUUCACUCAAGGAUUUCUAACAUGGGUUUCUGCUAAACACGUCGUUAGGAGUCCAAUUUCUGUUAAACUCCAGUGAGUAAUGGAUGCAUAUCAUAUAGUGGGCACGUGGUGACUUGUAGUUUCAUCAAAGUUCAUGGUGCUGUAUGUGAUCAAACAUAUUUGUACCUACUCAUUUCCUUAUGUUUUUUCAAUAACAUGGCAACUAUUUAAAGGAGACCACUCGAAGAAUUUAAGCAAAGGACAAAAAGAAACCCUCCGACACCCAAGUUACCAGAGAUAAAGAAGUCCCGUUGAAGGAAUAAUUAAAAUUAAAUUAAAUAUAAUACGCGGUGUUUAGAAAGAAAACAAUGUCACAAAUAUAGAAAUCCCAUAAUCCAAUGCACUUUCUCACAUCUAACUCAAGUUUUAUUUUUAAUUCAGUAACGAAAACUACUGAGA